AUGAAUAGAACUGUCAGCAAAAUGAAGAGGCGGAAAAAAGACAGUAAAGUACGCGUUAGGUUCAAUAUAGCUAAUGUGACCGGCAUGAACCGCGGCUCCCGGGAGGAGUUGCUUGGCAGCUCCCAGGAAGCCCUGCGGAACAGCCAGCAUGACCUGCGGCAGGUGUACGAGCGACCACUCACCAAGGAGGAGAAGACCUUCCUUCUGCAUGCUGAUAGGGGAGACUAUGUCACUGUUAAGAGAUUAAUAGACCAGUACAUAUCCCAGCCAGAGGUACUGGACAUCAAUUGUGUGGACCCUCUGAACAGAUCAGCGCUCAUAGCAGCCAUCGAGAAUGAGAACAUUGAACUCAUCAAACUACUGCUCAUCUCAGGAAUCAAAGUCAAGGACGCUCUUCUACACGCCAUCAAAGAAGAGUACGUGGAAGCUGUGGAGUUACUUCUGCAAUGGGAAGAAGACAAUCACGUUCCCGGAGAACCUUACAGCUGGGAGUCCGUAGAUCCAUCAUCAGCGACCUUCACCCCGGACAUCACGCCUCUGAUCCUGGCUGCUCACAGGAACCACUAUGAAAUCCUCAAGAUCCUGCUGGACAGAGGAGCCACGUUACCAGUGCCACACGACGUCAAAUGCGGUUGUGACGAAUGUGUAAAGUCUUCUCAAGAGGAUUCCCUCCGUCACUCUCAAGCCCGCAUCAACGCGUACAGGGCACUCUCAUCUCCCUCUCUGAUCGCUCUCUCUUCUGCCGAUCCUCUCUUAACAGCUUUCCAGCUGUCCUGGGAACUGGGUAGACUGAGCAGAAUGGAGACAGAGUUUAGAGUGGAGUAUAAGGCUCUUCGACAACAAUGCCAAGAGUUCGCUACCUCUUUACUGGACCACACGAGAACUUCCAAAGAGCUGGAAAUCAUGCUGAACUACAACCCAUGGGACAUCGACUGUUGGGAACCUGGCGAGAGACAAACUCUCGGCAGGUUGAAACUGGCUAUCAAGUACAAGCAGAAAAUGUUCGUAGCACAUCCGAAUGUCCAGCAGUUAUUAGGAGCUAUAUGGUAUGAAGGUCUACCAGGGUUCAAGAGAAAAAACAUCGUCGGACAAUGUAUACAGGUACCUAAUUACUUACUGUAAAAUAAUUUGAAAUUCUGCAUAUUAGAUUACCUUCAUGAUAUGAUUUGCGACUCUGAAGGCGAAUUUGAAACAAAGCCUAUAAUUAUUUGGAUAACAUGAACCACCUGUAACUUUUUCCUUCCAGCUCUCCUAUCCCUAGCAUCUCAGCGAGCAGACUACCUGGUGUUAGAGUGGUCUGGAAUUACCUGGCUCCAGGAGCUGGUGGACCAUUGGAAGGAGAGGGAGCGAGGAUCCUUGCCCAGCAUCAUAGAAUUCAGCGUCAUCAUCUACAUAGCAAGUUUAAUCUGGGCAGAAAUAAGAUCACUAUGGACAGGUGGCAUCACAGAGUACAUCAGUGAUCUGUGGAACAUUGUGGACUUCAUCACAAACGCUUUCUACAUCGCCUGGAUCAGCUUGCGAUUUUCUUCUUGGUAUAUUGUCCAGCGAGACUACAACUCAGGAACAGACCCCUGGUAUCCUCGAGAGAGAUGGGACUCUUAUGACCCCAUGUUGCUCUCAGAGGGCGCCUUCGCAGCCGGCAUGAUAUUUUCCUUCCUCAAGCUGGUCCAUAUCUUCUCCAUCAACCCUUAUCUUGGACCCCUUCAGGUCUCCCUUGGACGAAUGAUCCUGGAUAUUUUGAAAUUCUUCUUUGUGUACAUGCUGGUGUUAUUUGCUUUUGGAUGUGGUUUGAAUCAACUCAUGUGGUACUAUGCGGAACUAGAGAAGAACAAAUGCUACCAUCUGCCUAAUGGAAUCCCUGACUUCGACGGUCAAGAACGAGCCUGCACUAUUUGGAGACGAUAUGCUAAUCUAUUUGAAACCUCCCAGUCUCUAUUUUGGGCGUCUUUCGGUCUAGUAGACCUGACCACCUUCGAGCUGACAGGUAUCAAGAGCUUCACCAGGUUUUGGGCACUCCUGACCUUCGGGUCAUACUCCGUGAUCAACAUCAUCGUACUCCUGAACAUGCUGAUUGCUAUGAUGUCCAACUCUUAUCAAAUUAUUUCGGAACGAUCGGACACUGAGUGGAAAUUUGCCCGUAGUAACCUGUGGAUGUCUUACUUUGAGGAUGGAGACACAGUACCUCCUCCCUUCAAUAUCAUUCCUACGCCUAAGCACUUCAUGUGCUGGAUCAAACGAUGCUGUGCCAACAGAGAUCGGGGGUCGAUUAUUAACAAAUCCCGCGAAAAAGCCCGCCAAGAACACGAAGCCGUGAUGAGGGUCCUAGUCCGAAGAUACGUGACAGCUGAACAGCGAGCCAGAGACGAGACAGGAGUCACCGAAGAUGACGUCAUGGAGAUCAGACAGGACAUCUCCACGUUACGAUAUGAGCUGAUAGAUAUUCUCCAUAACAAUGGCAUGAAAACCCCAAGGAUUAGUAUGCAAGACGCCACCGUUGCUGGCAAAAAGGGCAAAGUGAUGGAGAGAAGAAUCCUGAAGGACUUCCACAUCGGAAUAGUGGAAGGAAUCAUCAAAGACGUUAUAUCCAAGGAGAACAAGCCUAAAGAUGUGUUCAGCCAAAUCGCUAAAGCUAUCGUUAGGAGAGGAAGCACGGAGGGCAAAAAACGUGACUGGAACGCCUUGGUCCGUACAAACACCGUCCGCAAGGAUCCUAUAGGCACCACUGCUGAGGCACAGACGAGGAGGAGUCGCCAAUCCCUCAGACUGCACAUCCUUGAUAACAUCUCCUCCAGAACUAUUGACCCGCAGAAGUUGUUAGAAUACAAUCCACAACUGGCAGCAGUAUCUCCAUGCACGAGGGUAGCGUACGCCAAGUUUAUGAGGAGCAAGAUCAAGUCAGAUUUCACUGAGCGAGAGAAGAAGUCCAGAAGGUCAUCUGAUUUUAGUAUAGAAGAUGAAGUCUUUGAUGCACCGAAGAAGAAGGAGAGUUGUAAGAGAUGCAGUGCUCGAUCAUUCCGCAGUAGGACACCGAUACCUGAAACUUCAGACGACGAGGGGCUGAACGAAACUGAAGUACAAGUGGAGGCCGAUGUUGAGGAUAAAGCUUCCGAAGGAGGAUCAGAACAGACACGUCCUCUAAAAUCUUCAUCACAAGAGCCGUCAGAGCCGAGUACACCAGCUUUCGACCCAGUCGACGGCAGCCGUCUACCACCACCUACAGAAUUCCAAUCAACAGACCACAUCAUCACCAUAGAACCGGACACUCCAACGAAGACCCUAUACAUCACACAAGAGGAAGACUCAAACCUUCAGAAACCCAUCACUCCUACUCCUAGCGUGCAUUCCCAGUCGGAGCAAAUCCUAUCAGCUUCAAGUUUAGAGUCACAAUACAAGAAAAUGACUUCAGAUCCUCCUAGUGUGACGAUUACUCCUGAUCCUAGUGAAACUGAGAGGACUCCUCGGAAGUCCAGCACGCCAAGGUCUGCAAGGGUCAGUCCUAGUCCAUCUCCAUCACCAUCUGCCUCUCCCGCUCCGUCCCCUUAUGGAAGAGGUAGGGGCAAGUCAAAAGCCACAGGGAAAGUAGUUUCUGGUUGGCUUUGAGCUGAAUGUGGACCGUUAGCUGUUCUUGUUAUUUUAGGAAUUUAAAAGAGAUUUUAUUCUAGUCAACUGAUGCAGAGGUUCCCAACUGAAGGUGUGCGAUGAUGAUAUUGAAGGUAAAGUUUUGAAUGGACGUUCCGUGGUUAAAAAAGGUUGGGAGCCUCUGGUAAUGUGUUGCCUUAAAAUCGACAUAUUAGUGAGAUAUGCUGUUGUAGCAAUAACUAGUUUUUAUCGAUAUAUUGUCUUCUUACUUAGGAUUUUCUGGGUCACGAUUCCUUGAUAGAAAAGUAUUACAACAAAGAUCUUCAUGAUGUCAAGUAUUUGUGUUGUAUUUUGAAUAGAACAAGCCAUAUCAUUUUAUUUUAUAUUAUAACAAACUACUUUUCAGAACGAAAGUGCCUUUUAAAGUAAAAAAAAAAUGAAUGAAAGUGCCUAUUUAUUCUUUUUUAAUAGAGUUCGUGACCUAGAAAUACUAAUAGAUCUAAAUAUAAUGGACGUGCAGUAACGAAUUACUAGGAACUAAACUAUUUAGAGCCGUAUUUUCGAACCUUUUAAAUAUAUUUUGUUGUAGUAGGUAAUUGAAAAUGCUUUUAUAGAUUUUACGAAUCAUGAUAAGCACUUUACUGUCAAUAGCUAUAACUCAUGUGCCCUAUCGAAUAUAUUUACGACCAUGUAUUGAAAAUUGAAAUUGAAAAAAUCAACACUAUAUUUAUACUAAAUCAACUAUAAAUUGCGGUUUACUCACGUGUAUAUACUGAGAAAAGCUCUA